AAAGUGCGUUAGCGACCCCUAAAACGAAACUAAAAAAUUUUGAAAAAAUCUACAUUAUUUUUUUAAUGACAGAGACUACAUUAAGGGAGUGAGACGUAGAUAAAAUUAACUUCGUCGAAAAAAGCAACACCCUAAUGAGUUAUAUCAAUUUUUAAUAUGGUAUAUACUUUUGACGUCCUUACCGUCUAAAUACAAUGAAAAUUACGAAAUAAGUCCAUUUCUAACCUUAAAAUUGCCGCGUCAUUAACUUCAACACUUUCUUUUUCAGCGGGAUCCGGCAUUGCCAAGUUCAUUGUUAAGUAUUUCGUAACUUAUUAGACCCUAAAGAAACUCGCAACUUUCCACUUAGUGUUACUUAUUAGGGCAUUUAGCGAAAAGGUAACUCGUGGCUACAGAGUGAAUAAUCAUCAUUAUGUCACUGAAUAUCGACGAUAAAACAUCCCAUAUUUUAUUUAAAGCAUUAACUGAAAUAAACUGUUUAGUCGUAAAAUAUAUUGUGUCAGACAUCUUACUUAUCUGUCCUAAAAACGUUAAAUCAGAAAAAAACUUCACUAAAAUAAGCGAAAGAUUCAAGUUGUAAAAAAGAAGAUUAUUUUUUUAUUGUGAGAGUAAAUCUGGCCAAAAUGCGUGCUAAGAUUGUAAUUUCGUUUUUAAUCUGUUUUGUGGCAGUUUGCGACGCGUUUCCUGAGUCUCAAAGCGUCGAAGCGAGAGGGAAGAAAAAGAAAAUCGCGCUGUUUAUAUACUUCGCAGACCUGGUUCUAAAGAAGUUCUUCAUCCUCAAGCUGAUAUACGCCUUCGUGUUCUGGCUGAUAAUCCACAAAGCCGGCUACUUCCUCACCUGGUUCGUCAGUUACCUCAAGGAGGCGAAGAAGGACCACCACGACCACGACCAUGUCCACUAUGGCCCUCAUCACUACGAUGACGGCCCCAGUUAUGGACCGCCGAGCUAUGGACCCAGUUAUGGACCUUAUAAGAGAAAGAAUUAUUAGCUAGUCAAAUAUCGACCGGACCGCGUUUAUGAAGUCCACGUCUUUUAAAGUCCCGUAUUAGGGACUACCCUAACACUAGUUAUUCUCUCACGCUCAGUGAGCGUAAGCGUGAGCGAGAUGGAUUUGCGUGCUCGGGACUGCAGAUAUCAUAUUUUUUUAAUUUUAAUUUAUUGUAGGUAAGCUUUAACAAAAAAAUAAUAAUCGAUGAGUUCUCUCAGUAAAAUUGCGCAUUUUUGAAGCAAUAUUCAUAGUUUAACUUUUGUGCAUAAAUUGUUACAAAUUUUUUAAAGUGAGUUUUAGACCAAUGUUCGUGAUUUUUUUCUAUCGAGCAACAAUCAAAAAAUCUGGAUUCGAAUCGAUGAAGUCACUAGAGAAAAUCCUCAACAAUGUUUAUUAAUUUUUCGGCAACCCUAAAAAUUAUGAUCUAAAAUGUCCCUCCGUCAGUCAGUAUUUUUUUAAUACUACGUUUUUUUUAAUACAACGACGGUGGCAAGCAAGCAUACGGCCCGCCUGAUGGUGAGCAGUCUCCGUACCCUAUGUACGCCUGCAACUCCAGAGGAGUUACAUGCGCGUUGCCGCUCCCCCCGUUGAGCUCUGACAACCUUACUCACCGGCAGGAACACAACACUAUGAGUAGGGUCUAGUGUUAUUUGGCUUCGGUUUUCUAUAAGGUGGAGAUACUUCCCCAGUUGGGCUCUGCUCUAGAUCUGGAAUGACAUCCACUGGCUGUGCCCUACCACACAAAGCGAGAUGACAUUCACAAUGCCCAUACCACUAUUUUGGACGUAGUUUAGGGACGUACCCGGAUCCAAAACACACACAGGAGAAAACGCGGUUUCCACUAACUAAAUCUUAACGAAUCACUUUGAUUUUGAUGUCAAUCGCAUAAUAAUAUAUUCUAGGUUUAUAGGUUUCGCUUUUUUGAAAAAGCAUUUUUUCUUGUUUUGCAAAUUUUGAAAAAAGGAAAACCUAUAACCUUAGUUUUUCAUUGUGUCAAUAACAUACAAAAAAAAUAUGGAGAAUGAAAAUAUUUAGAAAUGGAAAAACAGUUUCUCUUUUUGUAUGGACGAUCACGU